AUGGCCUUCUUGAGCGUGGUGCCCGAGAAGUCGCUGGAGUUAGGAGAUGAUGAGAAGCUGCACCGCGCAAGGAAGGAGCAGUUCAUCACCCAGUCGCUAGAGGCCGCACAGCUGGGAGGUGGUGGACAGAAAGUCGUGAAAACUCUGCGCGGUGGAGGUGUGGCGGUGGAGCACAUCAGUGACAGCGCAAAAAUCGCGACCUUUGGGCCCUUCAUCGCAGCCCUCACUGGGAAUCUUCACAAUUAUGGUUACCUUGUCAAGAAGUACCUGCAUGAGGAGCUGCAGCUGCCUGCAACAGUCACCCUUGAAGCGAUCAAGGAGCGGAUGCCAGUGACGGAAGCAGCACUCUUGUGCCACCUGUAUGCUCAAUUGGGCACAGCCAUGCUCUCCAAGCUACGUGGGCACUUUUCGUUUGUGCUCUACGACUCAAACACAGUUCGAGUCUUAGCAGCUCGGGACCCCAGUGGGAUGUAUCCCCUGGUGCAAGGCCACUUUGCAGACAACGCCCUGUAUGUGACAAGUGGCUCAUUCCAACCAGCCGAUGCCCAGGAAGUCGUCAAUAUCCUUCCAGGGCAUUACAAGUAUGGCUGGCGGGCGCCACCUAGGAAGUACUCCAACCCAGAGGUGGAAGUCAAGAGCCAUGCCAAGCAGGCUUCCAAUGCCGCGGACGAGGCACUCGCAGGCAUCUUCUGCAGCCACCAGCCCCUGGCUGUCAACCCUUGGCUCACGAACCUGGGCUACGGGGGCCGGAGGAGCAUGGAUGGGGCCCCUCGAACAGGGCCGAAAAGAAAUAGCCUAGAGUUUGGCCGCUCGGGCAACAGCCGGCGCAGCCUGGACUCAACGGUGCUGAGAAACCCACGGCAGGGCUUGGAUAGUCACAAGCCCCAGAGCCGUGCAGACGAGAAGGGCUGGUGGAGAGCCAAAGAUGAAGAAACUGCAGCCAACCCUGCCCUUCCACCAGCCCCCGAGGCCCCUGAACACUCUGGCGCGCCCAAGAAGCACAAGAGGCACAGGAAGAGGCACCGGAAGAGCAAAGCCGCAGCCCAGGCCACUGAGGCCAAGCCGGCAGAAAGUGACAACGAGCACAGCUCAGACUCGGGCUCUGACCACAAGUCUGUGGUGGAGUUCAUCAACCAGCUGUCCACCGUGUUCCGCAAGGACUCGGCCUCUGCUCGUAUGCUCACCAACCUGCUCGGUGCCAGCCCCUGUGCCCUGGUGGUCACGGACGCCAACCAGGAGGAUGCCCCGAUCGUGUUUGUGAACGAGCAGUUCGAGCUGAGCACGGGGUACACGGCGCAGGAGGUGGUGGGCAAGAACUGCAGGUUCCUGCAGGCCGCCCCUGGCGCCCCCCGAGUGCCAUCCCAGCCGUCAAGCACCAUCCGCAGGGCGCUGGACACCGGCAAAAGCACCAGCGUGAAGCUCAUGAACUACAAGAAGGAUGGGUCACCUGUCUGGAACGACCUUUCGAUCGUCCCCCUGCGCGACACCGAAGGCAAGAUCACGCACCAUGUGGGCAUGCAGACUUUCACGCCUGCACAGGACGCGAUCACCACAAAGCGCACACUCGCCGGCGCCAGCUCCAUGGUCCGCUCACGCAGCUGCAGCGACAUGAGCGUCAUGGACAAGGCAGCACCGCUGCACACUGGCGGCCUGGCAUUCUAA